UGUCAUUUUAUGAUUUUUAAACCUUCCUCUAAUGUUUUCGCAAGCUUGUUUGCAUCUGCACAAUGUUCAGCCAACUUGGUGUCUACUGACAACCUGUAAUAUUAAACCCACGCUCUAGGACGAAACAAUAUUUAUUUAUAUAAAGGAUUCUAAUAAGGAUCUUAUAAAGUGAUACUCCUGCGGCAAGUCGCGCCAUCUGUGUGAAAGGAUGCUUCUCUCAAGUUGCUAGUCUGUGGCCGAGAUGGCAGCAAAAUUAUCUGCUAGGCCGCUUUCUGCUCUCCUAAUGCCAACUUACUUCGCAGACGCAUUUAUGUUUGGCAUCAAUUAAAGUAAAUGAGGCUUAUUGUUUUUGCACAUUUGGUGUGAGGUGUGAUAGAGAUCAAAAAUAGACUUAAAUUGUCAGUCGCGGUUCUGGCCAGUUGACGCUUAAUAUCACACGUGUUUAUUUAUACUUUAUUAAUAUAUCCCUGCCUGCAAGUUAUUGCCAUGACCACGUAAAUUUAGCACUCGCUGCCAGUGACGGUGGUGAGGUCCUGAUAAUUACAUAGCUUAAACGUGGGCUACGAGCAUUCGCGAUGUGCCGCCCACAUGAAUGGGUAUUCUGGAAAGGCCCGCGGCACGCAUCUCUGAAGCGAGAAAAUACAUUUCAAAUUGCCUUUAUAAGCUGCUGAAGUGUUUACACUCUUAAUAAAUAGGACCAACUCGUGGGCCUCAAAAUUACACACCUGGCUGGCUAUUACAACAAUUAUUAGCAAUCGAGAGAGAAAUAAUUUGAACGCAACGCGAUAAAUCACCCACAGACAGGGUUCUUCUUUCGAUUAGUUGAUGUGCGCCUUGUUUUUAAGCCUGAGAACCAAUAAUUACAAGAGACUAAUUGACAGCGAUCGUUUCCCUCGAUUGUGAGCGGCGUCAUCAAUUGGAACAAAGCUUCUUAAGUCUCGGCAUUAAGUGGUUGGAACGAGAGUGAAAAUCCCGAUAUCCAAACAACGCGCACGGCUGGCACUUCAUUAGGAAGCAGGCCAGAAAAUAGACUGGUGUCAACUUUUUUAAAUAUUUAUCAUGUUUCUAAUGUUAAGUGGCAAAGGUGACAUUGAACUUUUCUAUGAAAUAGAAUACUUAUAUCAAUAGUAACAAUUAGCAGUGCUCUUACGUUCUUACAGAUGAAUUUUGCAAUUCAUUAUGUUCAAAUCGACGCAACCUUGAGUGCUCGACAAGUUUGCUCGCAAGAAUUCCCACUGAAUUGAACGUAUUAAAUUCAUUGCAGGAAAACGGAUUGAUUUACGUGGCGAUAACGUAAUAUGUUUUGAAAUGAGAGUGUUUAAAAGAAAUAUGAUUGUUUUUAAAACAACGUAUCAAAUCGCUCUCAAUUUUGGUUGAGUAAGCUACAAACCAUUCGAAAUUCUCCAGAAACAAUUUAAUUGCUUAUUUGUACCAAUCAAGUUGGGGGAGCUACAUGGUUAGCAUUUGGCCAGUGUUUACUCUCAGCAUAGCACGAUCGUCAUGAGUUUGGCGCAGGGAGUCGCGCGCGCGAACGAGUCGUUGGCCGGGUGGUGUCUGGAAAUAGACUACACUCGACGGCAGCAGCAGCGGCAGUAGCAAAACCACCUCGCCGCCUCACCCGCUUCUUUGUCAGUCGCAAAAUGUGAGAUCAAGGAAGGACGGUUAAAAUGCAGCAGCAGCCGCCGCUUGAGUGGUCGCUGCACGCGCAGCUGACCUUUUCGCACUCUGGCCUGCAGGGCAACGUGCGACCCACGGUGGCCAGUUACUCAAACGACAAUGGUGGUCUCCGCAUGGAGUACACUUUCCGCUCGUGCCCUCCGGAGCAAAAGCAGCAGCCGCCAGAAGCAUCCGGCUACAACUUCCAGCGGGGCAACCUGCUGUUCAGCACGCGACCUCCUUCACAAAGAGGUGGUCGAAGCCACUCGUUCCACAGCGGCACCAAAACGUCGACCUUGGUAGUGGACCGUUCAGGGAGUCAGCCGCGCCAGGACUCGUCAGGGUACUCAAGCGAACACUAUGGCAGCCUGCCACACCGGCAACCCUCCAAGCAGCAGGCCUACGACCGCAGGUGCAUGAGUACUGCCAGCAUCAUCUUAGCGCCACCUGAGUUCCCUGUUGUGCCAGAGGAGACUAAGUUGUCCUUGUCGCCGGUAGAUAUGCGACAGAGGAAAGAUUUCAGGGAUGCUGAGGCGCAAACUGUGUCCCCGGUGCCCAUGGAAAAGAGCGCGAAGCCCACGACUGCACCCAAAAUGGGCAGUAAGGCGUACAACUCCAGAAGAAAAACCGACUCGGAUAUGAUGCUGAAAGUCCCCAGUUUGCAGCUGCCCGAAGCUGACGAUUUGAAAGCAAAGAAUGGCCGAAAACUGACUCGAUCGCCAGCUCGAUUGGGUGGCAAAUCGCCUCUGCUCCAGAAGCGCAACCCUACGAACGACUUGUCCGACUCUUCCAAAUCAAGCCGCAGCCUUAAGCUAGGAAACCUUAAAUCAGAUGGCCGCCGACCGCGAACUGUGCACAUCGACGUUUACUGUACCGGCACGGAAGACGACGCGGACGACAGCGACUCAUCAUCAACGCCGACUAGUUGCUCAAGCAAUACUACCACUCCACAGACGGUGUUUGAUAGUGGGGAUUUUCGCGUGACCCACUCGAGGCCAGGCAGGAAUGUUCUGCCUGCCAUGUAUGCGAAACAAGCCUCGCGAAAAAGUGAGAGCUUCAAGUACACGCCAAACGAGAGUUUGAAAGAUUCCUAUGACGAACUUCGGGGAUAUCAAAGUGAUGGACUAACAAUAAGUUCUGCAUACCCCUCACGCAGCUCUUUUGAGUCUAUAGAUAUCCCUCUACCUAGCAGGGACACCUCUUGGUCCACUAUUACCAGUAGUGUGGCACCAUUCGAGGAAGAAACCAACUCAUCGUGGAAGGAUACGACUGAGUCCUGUGCCGACAUUCGAGAAAGUAGUCUCACGCAGAGUGACAGUUUUGAUUAUGCUGAAAGUUUUGACAAAGUUCGUAUUUCGGAAACAGACCAAGAAUGGUCAGCAGCGCAGGGUAGCAAAUCAUGGCGAUCACCUGAGGCCGAAAGAAGGCAAAUGCUGCAGCAACAAAGGUUCAAAGAAUUUCUGGCCAAGCAUUACCACAAGACGCCUAAGUGGUCAGAAAGCAGCACCGAGGAGUCUUGUUGGGAAGUGGGUAGUAACUUGAGUCUGAAACGGGAAGACCGUGUCCGCAACUACCCACUCUCUGGCAGCGCGCCCAGUGUAACGGACACGGCCAGUCUGAGCGGCGAGUUUAUCUCCUUUAUAUCACCGGUUGGAUCUUAUGUAAACACGCCGCCACCCCAGAGAUCAUCCUCAAAGCCCGUGAAUGUGAUGAAGCUGUCCGAGAAAUUUGGCCAAAUCGUCGGCUCAUUGAAGAAGCCGGGAACACACAGUGGCCCAUCUAAAAACCCCGACUGCCCAUGCUAUCACUGCCGCAGCUUCUUUGAAGAUACUGGAUUUCGGGAAAGGGCGUACUCAACUGGGGACGCACCCCUUUCAAAUUGGCCUUGUAGAGGCGAAGAUGAUUGUUAAAACGUGUUAGGUUAAUACGCAGUUUAUAUCUUGUUUGCAUUUUGAGGAAAAGAAUAUAAUAUUAAAAACGUUAUUUGUUUUGUCUUUGGGACCGUUUUAGGAAAGCUGUCUAUAGCGUUUCUAGUAUUUAUAUAUGCUUCAUCAAACUGUUACAUUCUCAAUAAAUUUUCUUUUGUAUAAUUUUCCACAAA